GGCUGCCCUUGGAGAGACCAUCCCGGCUGAGGGAUGCGGAGCCCCGCGCUCAGGGCGCUGGGCUGCGGCUCGGUGGCCGUGCUGGGAGCGCUGGGGGCGGCCGCAUUCCUCCUGCUCCUGACCCCAGCAAAGGAUGCUGCCCUUCCUGCCAGGAACAAAUAUGGGCUGGUGUUUGACGCUGGCUCCACACACACGGCUCUCUACGUCUACCGGUGGCCUGCGGGCAAGGAGAACGGCACCGGCAUCGUGUCCCAGGUGGAGGCCUGCACUGCAGCCGGACCCGGCAUCUCCAGCUAUGCUGACGACCCCGCCGGGGCUGGAGCCAGCCUGAAGCCCUGCCUGGACAAGGCCAUGGAGAUCAUCCCGGCAGAGCAGCAGCGGGAGACCCCCACCUACCUGGGGGCCACAGCGGGCAUGCGGCUGCUGAGGGAGCAGAACAGCACCAAGGCCCAGCAGGUCUUUGCCGAGGUGGCCAAGGCCAUUGGCGAGUACCCAGUGGAGUUCCGCGGAGCUCAGGUCCUGACGGGGAAUGAGGAGGGCUCCUUCGGCUGGAUCAGCGUCAACUACCUGCUGGAGACGCUUGUCAAGUGCUCCCUCACAGGCACAUGGACCCACCCACCAGCAGAGGAUGUGGUCGGAGCUCUGGACCUUGGUGGGGCUUCAACCCAGAUCACGUUCCUUCCUGGGACCACCAUAGAGGACAGCAGUACAGGAGCCCUCCUCAGGCUGUACGGGACCAACUACUCCAUCUACACUCACAGCUACCUCUGCUAUGGGCAAAAGCAAGCCCUGAAGAUGCUGACGGCUUCCUUACACCAGGCCAGCCCGUCCACCGAGCAGAUCUCACACCCCUGCUACCCCAGGGGAUACGAGGAGAACAUCACCACAGCAGAGCUCUACGACAGCCCCUGUGUGCGUGCCCCGAGCACCCCCAGCGCUGCACAGCUCCUCAGGGUGACGGGGACAGGGGAGCCGGCAGCGUGCAGCGCCGCCGUCCAGGAGCUCUUCAACCUCAGCUGUGGGGCCAACAGCACGUGCGGGUUCAACGGGGUCUAUCAGCCGCCCGUGCGGGGACAGUUCUUUGCCUUCUCGGGGCUUUAUCACAGCCUUCACUUCCUGAACCUGACGGGAGGGCAGCCCCUGAGCUCAGUCAAUGCUGCCAUUGGGAGGUUCUGCACCAGCACCUGGGAGAAGGUGCAGCAGGAGUUCCCCACCACAAGCAGGAUCCAGCUCCGUGACGCUUGUGCAGCCAGCACCUACACCCUCGCCCUGCUCCUGCAAGGCUUCAGAUUCAACCACACAACAUGGCCUAACAUCCACUUCGCCCGGCAGGUCACUGGUGUAGAUGUGGGCUGGACCCUGGGCUACAUGCUCAACCUCACCAACAUGAUUCCCUCGGAGAUUCCCCAGAGAGUCGUAGGGCUCCAGAGAAGCAAUUGGAUAGCAGUCACGGUUCUACUGGCCACCAUGCUCAUCCUCACCUUCUGCCUGCUCAUACUCACAUGCUGCCAGAAAAGCUCCUCUGGGUAUGUGAGUCUCUAGCAGCGCUGGCUCCUGGGGCUGCCCAAGCCUCUUGGUCCUGCUGCUGCACUUGUGUGAGGAGCUGCAGACCAGGGAAUCAUCCCCAUGUCCAGGAGCUGUGAAUGAAUGUGUAACGUGGGUACCUGUGUCCUGGCCUGGUGAGCU